UGUGACAUGACAAUGGAAGGUGGAGGUUGGACUGUUUUUCAGAAACGUUUGGACGGCUCUGUUAACUUCUAUCGUGGAUGGGAAUCCUACAAAAACGGCUUUGGAAGUCUGAGUGGCGAGUUCUGGCUUGGAAACGACAAUAUACAUCGUUUGACAGACUCUGAAGACGUCAUAUUGAGAGUUGACCUGGAAGACUUUGAAGGCAACAUCACCUACGCUGAGUACACGACUUUUAAGGUGGCAGACGAGGCCGACAAGUACCGGCUUUUGAUUGGAGGAUACAAGGGUACUGCUGGUGACUCUAUGGCAGAGGGACUUUCCCUAAGCAAUAUGUCGUUUACAACGAAAGAUGUGGACAACGACUUGAGCGGUCAGAACUGUGCACUGUUGUUCCAAGGAGCUUGGUGGUACAACGAUUGUCAUUAUUCAAACCUCAACGGCUUAUAUCGUGGAGGAUCAUUCAGUGAUUCGCCUGCAAAUGGUGUCUCUUGGAAUUCUUUCAGAGGAGCUUGGUACUCCCUGAAACGUACCGAGAUGAAAAUGAGGCCUUCAAAUUGA